CAGAAACCGAAACCUACAGGGAAAGAGACACAUGACUGAAGUGAUGUCUGGAGAAUAAUAAUCAUAAUAAUCCGACGAGUCAGUAACCUUCAGCGGUCAUGCAGCAGGUGAUUUAGGUGCGUGAGAAAGGAUGGACAGCGCACAUGUCCCCACGGAACCUCAGGAGCAUGGCGAUGUCCAGGAAGUGGGAGGUGCCUACAAGGAUGAAGGAAGAUCAUCCACAAAGCAUGAGAAAGUUCUUGGUGCGGAAAGCGGUGCUACAGGCAUCCAGCAGGAGAGAGCUGGCUCGCCUGUCCCCAGUUGCCUGUCCAUGAAGAGUGACUGGUCCAUGGAGGUGCCACUUACACUAAAGCCAGCAGAUAACACUCCUGAGCAAUGGGCUUCUCUUGAGACCAAGAGUUCAUCUUCUCUAAGCUGCCUAUCCAUGAGGAGCCACCAGUCAAUGGAUCCACCCGUCAAGUUUGAAGACAGAGCACCUACUGAAGAAAUUACGGGAAGGCAGAAACGCUCAUCUGCUCCCAGCUGUGUGUCCAUGAAGAGUGCCCAUUUCAUGGAUCCACCAGGCUCUUCCAAGGAGAUCAUCUUUGAUGAAAGGGACCAGCCAGGAGGAUCUCGCCAGCCUGAACAGACGUAUCUUUCUGCUACAAUAAGGAACUUUGAGGAGAAAUUCAUGAGUUUGAUGAAUAGAGAGAUGAAGAAAAUAAGCCAGAUUCUCAACCCAGAUUAUGUUGGAUCUGUGGAAAGUGCAGAGGAAGACGAGGACAGCAAUCAUGCCAAAGAAGCGGCUCUAAAGAUCGCUCUACAUAUUUUAAAAGGCAUGAAAGAGCACGAUUUGUUCGAAAAGCUGAAUAAAUUUGGAAAUGUAUAUAAAAUUCAGAAAAAAUUCAAAUCCAGCCUGAAGCACAAGAGCGAGCGUGUGUUUGAAGGAAUCGCUCGGCAAGGAAACCCAUCCCUUCUCAACAAAAUCUACACCGAGCUCUAUAUCACAGAGGGUGGAUGUGGAACCCUCAACGAUGAACAUGAAGUGAGACAGAUCGAGUCGUUGAACAGAGUUCCAGUGGUACAAGAGACACCAAUUAAAUGCAACGAAAUCUUUAAACCACUACCAGGGCAAGACAAACGCAUCAGGACCGUCUUGACCAAUGGUGUAGCUGGUAUUGGGAAAACCGUCUCUGUCCAGAAGUUUAUCCUGGACUGGGCUGAAGGCAAAGCCAAUCAAGAUGUGCAUUUCUUAUUUCCGUUGCCAUUUCGGGAGAUAAAUCUCAUGAGAGAGGAGAAACACUCUUUGGAGGAACUUCUUCAUUGCUUUUUUAGAGAAAUGAAAAACAUCUCACUCUCAGAACUUGAAAACUGCAAGAUGGUUUUCAUCUUUGAUGGUCUGGACGAAUGUCAACUUCCUCUGGAUUUUAAAAACUACGAAAGAUGUUCGGAAAUCACAGAACCACUGUCGAUGAAUGUUCUUCUAACAAACCUUAUUUUAGGAAAUCUCCUUCCACACUCUCUGCUCUGGAUCACUUCCCGACCGGCUGCCUCUAACCAGCUACCAGCUAACUGCAUUGACCAAGUAACGGAGGUGAGAGGUUUCAAUGACCCCCAAAAAGAAGAGUACUUCUACAGGAGAAUCAGUGACCAAAGUUUGGCCAAGAAAAUAUUCCAUCACGUGAAGGCCACAAGAAGUCUCCAUAUCAUGUGCCAUAUUCCUGUCUUCUGCUGGAUUUCUGCAACAGUGCUUGAGAGGCGAUUGGGCCAAGCAACGAAUCAACACAUGCCCAAAUCGCUGACUGAAAUGUACACUCAUUUCUUGAUCUUCCAGACACAACAAAGAAAUGAAAAAUAUACAGAUGGGAAGGACAUGCAGCCUUGCUUUACCAAGGCAAACCUUCUUUCACUUGGGAAGCUAGCUUUCAGGCAACUCCGUAAACGUGACCUGAUCUUCUACAGAGAAGACUUGGAGGAAUGUGGCAUUGACAUCAAAGAGGCAUCAGUCUAUUCUGGAGUGUGCACGCAGAUCUUCAGAGAAGAGAACACCCUAUUCCAGAGGAAGGUCUACAGCUUCGUGCACUUGAGCUUCCAGGAAUAUCUUGCUGCACUAUUUGUGUACCUAUGCUGGGCUGACACAGAAUUUGACCUGCUUCAAAAUCAUAACCUCCAGGAGCUUUGCCUAAAUUCAACACUUUUCGAUUUGCACAAGAGUGCAGUGGACUUGGCUUUGCACUCAAAAGACGGCCACCUGGACCUCUUUGUUCGAUUCCUCCUCGGUCUUUCUCUGGAAUCCAAUCAGAACCUGUUGCACGAUUUCCUGCCAGAGAAUGUGAGCACCGAUCAGACCUGCCAGGAUACCAUUUCUUAUAUAAAGCUCAAAUUCGGAGAGAACCUUAGGACUGAGAGCACCAUGAACCUGUUCCACUGUCUGCAAGAGCUUAACGAUCAUACGCUUGUACAGGAAAUUCAAACCUACCUGAACAGGAAGAGUCUCUCGGCAGAAACACUCUCACCAGCACAGUGGUCAGCUCUGGUCUUUGUGUUGCUGACAAGUGAGGAGAAGCUUGAGGUGUUUGACCUAGGAAAAUACGUAAGGUCAAAUGAGGGAUACAAGCGAUUAAAACCCGUAGCCAAGGCAUCCAGGACUGUCAUAUUGUCUUCCUGCAACCUUACAAAGGACAUCUGUCAAUCACUGGCCAGUGUUCUUCAUUCUGAGUCUUGUGCUAUUACAAAGUUAGAUUUAAGUUACAAUGUCCUGGAGGAUAAAGGACUGGAGCAUCUGUGCCGUGGGUUGCAGAGUCCAAACUGUCGACUGGAGAUGCUGAACCUGGCAUGUUGUAGCUUCCGAAUUGGCGGUCUGAAGCUUACUUCUGCUCUACAAUCGAACCUUGGACACAUCAGAGAGCUGGACCUGAGCUACAAUCUUAUUGGAAGUCGAGCUGUUAGUGAGAUCAUGGCAUUACUGCCUAACAGCAGGAUCGAAACACUCAGACUUGUGCACUGUGACGUCAAAAAAGAGUGUUGCGCUUUUUUGGCAUCGGCAUUAAGCGCCACAUCGUGUCACCUUAAACAUUUGGAUCUGAGUGACAACAACAUAUGGGAUAAAGGUGCAGGAGUCUUUCCUGAAUUACUGAGCAAUAAAAAUUGUAAACUUCAGUCCCUAAGGCUGGCUAAAUGUGGCAUAACUUGGAAAAGCCGGAACAUGCUGGAGUACGCAUCCACCUCGUCGUCCUGGUGUCUCCAAUCCCUCGAUUUGAGUGACAAUGAGCUGCAAGACACAGGAGUAAAAAAACUUGCUUAUGAACUGAAUAAUAUGACAUGCAAAUUAGACACAUUGAGCCUCUCAAACUGUGGAUUCACCGAGCGAGGAUUGUCGGCUCUGGCUUCGGCUCUGAGUUUAAACCCCUCGUGCCUGAGAGAACUGGAUGUAAGUAAGAAUUUCCCUGGCAAGGCUGCGGUUGAGCAGCUGUGUACAGCUCUAAGACAAUCCACCUGCACUCUUCAAAAGUUAUGCAUGGAACAAUGUGGGCUUGUCCCUGAAAUAUGUAUCUUCCUGGCUGAAACUCUCAGCCAAAAUUCGAGUCUGAGAGAGCUGAGUCUGAGCCAUAAUGAUCUCGGGGAUGUGGGAGUAACUGCGCUCUUCAGUGCACUCCAGAGUAGACGUUGCACCAUGAAGAUCUUGAGACUGGCGAAAUGUUCCCUGACUGACGGCAUUUGUGAGUUCUUGGCCUCGGCACUAAGCUCAAGCACCACAUUCCUUUCUGACCUGGACUUAAGCGGCAACAACCUCAGCCAAAACAGUACCACUUUCCUCUCCUCUAUAUCGAACAUAAACCUGACACUGUUAUAAGAACUGUUAAACUCAGUGUUUCCUGUAUCUCAGGAGAUCUCAAAUGAGUGUUUCUCUUUAAAGUUGUACAGCUAUUGUACCACAACAAAUUCGUUCUCAAGACCUUCAUGAGGCGGUUUGUUUAGAUACAGGGAGUUUAGAAUCAGAAUUAUAAUUCAUCUUUAAGGGUUUCAGAAGGAUUUUUUUUUUUUGCAUACCCAGAAGUACUGUAUAUAAGUGUGUGUAAACUUUUGGAAAUUUUCUAUGUAAUUUUAAAAUUUUGUAAACAUGAAAAUAGGUUUUAAAAGAAGGACUUCAGGAAUAAGCAAGGAAGAAAACUUGGGUUUGUGCCAUUAAGUAAUCAAUAGCAUGUAUUACUUAAUUGUUUUAUUGCUCUGUACAGUGGAACCUCGGAUUGCGAGUAACGGAGUUUGCGAGUGUUCCGCAAGGCUAGCAAAGAUUUUUAAUACAUUUUUUACUUGAAAAACGAGCAUUGUCUUGGUUUAUGAGCACCGACUAUCAUGGAUCACUCAUGCGCUACUUGUUUUGACGCCGAGCGUUACGUGAUCACAACUUAGCCAACGAAAUUGCUGCGAAAUUGAAGUUAAUCGUCUCCCCUGCUGAGUCUUAGUGUGCGUCUCUUACUGGUGUAAUCAACAUCCGUGCACGCGUGUACUGUUUACUAUAACACUAUGUGUGUGUGUGUGUGUGUGUGUUUGUCUAUGUGUGUGUGUGUGUGCGCGUAAUUUGACAACGUGCUCCUUUACUCACAACAACACAGACACACGCACACUCUCGCCUUUACAGCCCCCCUCCCACCCCCUUCUCUUCUCAGCUUCCCACACACAUACAGACGCACACUCUCUGCUUUUCACAGAAACUCUGCUCUGUUGCGAUUAUUUUCAAAGGUAAACUUUACUUUACAACAGUGAUUCCGUUGGUUUGCGCUCACGUCAGUGUGAUUAGCAAUGUUCCUUACUAAUUUUUCCGAUAAAACAGUCUCUCUGUUAAUGUGAGUGCCUGCGUGCACAAACGGAAACACUUAUUUGUCGGGAUUUAAAGGUAAAGUGCAGGUUAAUAAGUUUUAUUUUUACUUUAUAUU